UGAGUGACUCCGGCUGUGGCGGAGCAUCCAGGGCGCUGCCUUCUACGCUCGGGCUCGCGCUCACGGCGGCGCUCCUCUCGCAGCGCGCGCAGCAAAGCCUCGUUCCGCCGUUCCCCCGCGGGUCAAAGGGCAGCGUCUGCUUAGUGAUGUAUUAAAACUAGCCGAGCGGCGGCUCCCGGAGAUACGGCUGUGUGCGCGCGCUCACUCGCUCGCUCCGCAAACUCCGAGAAAUGCUUUACUGAAGAAUAAUAAACACUGAAAAACGGCACAACGGCGACAGCGCGACUCUUAACUCUGGCGCAUAAAUGUGGUAAUAAUGGCAGUCAAGGCACAGGUUUUGUACGACUUCACUGCUGAACCUGGGAACAAUGAGCUGACAGUGAAAGAAGGCGAGACAAUCACCAUCACCAACCAGAACAUAGGUGGUGGAUGGGUAGAAGCAAAGAACUCUAAAGGAGAGGUUGGCCUCGUUCCAGAAGACUACAUUGAGAUCCAGAAGGCAUUGUCGGGAGGUGGAAAUGUAGCGGUGCCGGACUUGUCCUUCUUCGACGCUUUUGCCCCCACAGCAGCUAGCAGCUGCCAUCAGCAGGUGGAUGUAGCUAUCAGUGGCAUUCAGCCGGAAUCUCCCGACACCCCAGCCCCUACCUCCACAUCCCCUGAUGAGGCAAGCAAUGGCAACGACCCCUGGUCUGUUUGGAAUGCGGACGCCACUGGAAACGCUGCUGACAGCUGGGCAGCCAAGCCAGAGGGCACAGAAACGGCAAAAGCAGCAAGCAAUUGGAACUCCUCAGCACAGGGUCAUUUUCAGGCCUACCAGGGUCCGGGGGCUGCAGAUGAUGAGGAAUGGGAUGACGAAUGGGACGAUGUGAAGCCUGGGGGGUACACGGAGUCCGAGGCUGGCGAGGGAGGGCCUGUGAACCGCGCUGGGGCACACGGCCCGUCAAUGAAGAUUGCCCUCAACAAGUUCCCUGGCUUCUCCAAAUCUGGUCCAGAGCUGUACCUUCUUGCUAAACUGCCUCCAAAAGGAAAGGACAAGAUACCAGUCUACAUGGGCGAAGUUGGCCCAGUGUGGCUGUAUCCGGAGACCCAGCUGGAUUGUGUCGUAGCAGAUCCCAAGAAAGGCUCUAAAAUGUAUGGCCUGAAGAGCUACAUUGAGUACCAAAUUACUCCAAGUACCACAAACAGACCAGUAAAUCACAGAUAUAAGCACUUUGACUGGUUGUACGAGAGGCUUCUGGAGAAGUAUGGCUCAGCAGUCCCCAUCCCCUCUUUACCAGACAAGCAGGUUACAGGACGCUUUGAGGAGGAGUUCAUUAAGAUGCGUAUGGAACGACUCCAGGGUUGGAUGACCCGUAUGUGCCGGCAUCCCAUCAUCUCCAACAGUGAGGUCUUCCAGCUCUUCCUCACAUACAAAGACGAGAAGGACUGGAAGAUGGGAAAGAGAAAAGCGGAGAAAGAUGAGACUGUGGGAGUGAUGAUUUUCUCAACGAUAGAACCGGAGGCACCCGACCUGGACCCAAUAGAAGUGGAGCAGAAGUGUGAGCAGUUCAGCAGGUUCACCAGAGCCAUGGAUGAUGGUGUAAAGGACCUGCUCACUGUUGGACAGGAGCACUGGAAGAGGUGCACAGGACCUUUACCAAAGGAAUACCAGAGGAUUGGCAAGGCUUUUCAGAAUCUGUCCUCUGUUUUCACCAGCAGUGGAUAUCAAGGAGAAGCCACACUCACAGAUGCACUGACAGCGGCAGGAAAAACAUAUGAAGAGAUUGCAACCAUGGUGGCUGAACAGCCACGCAAGGACCUGCAUUUCCUGAUGGAGACCAACAACGAGUACAAGGGGCUGCUGGGCUGCUUCCCAGACACCAUUGGUGUCCAUAAGGCAGCCAUAGAAAAAUAUAAGGAGGGUGAUAAGCUGGUAGCCGCUGGCAAGAUCACACCCCAGGAGAAGACAACCAUGGCCAAGCGGGUCAGCACCAUGUCUUAUGCCUUGCAAGCUGAGAUGAACCACUUCCAUAGCAACCGUAUCUAUGACUAUAACAGGGUUAUGCAACUUUACCUGGAGCAGCAGGUGGCGUUCUAUGAAACGAUUGCUGAGAAGCUGAAGCAAGCCCACGCCCGGUUUACGACAAUGUAGAGAUGGACUCUAUGCAGAAGCAAAACCACAACCAAAACCUUUUUCUAUGCUCUUCACGAUACUGAUAUGAUUUCAGCACCAUGAAAUUACUGUAACACUUGGGCCAAUGGUGUAUUAAAUGCAAAAAACAAAACUUUUACAGCAAGUACAACCUUGUUUUGAAGCAACAUGAAGAGGUCCUGGAUAUAGCACCUCUCGUAAUACAGUGCUUCUCAAAGCUCAAGUGCAUCGCAUGGAUAUUUUUACUACAAUUUUGUACUUGGUGACAUGCGUGCAGUAUAAAAUUCUUAAGUUUCUUUUUUUUUUUUUUUUGAAUGAAUGAAUGAAUUUAUAUUACCGACUGCAUGCUUGUUCUGAUUAUGCUGCCUAUGCUAAUCUUGGGCACAGAGGAAAGUCUGGCUAUUGGUUUAGUAUGUUUGAAACUGGGACAGGGGUGGAGAGGGUGGGCGGUAUCUUCUGCGAGCGGAAGUAGUUCCUCCCAUUUUUCGCAGCAACCAGAUUCAGAAGAGAUGUAUCCAUUCACUUCCAGUGUGCCUUGCAUGAAGAAGAGAAGGUCAUGUGACCCUUCAAGUUUGAGUUUUUGUUGGUGGCUCCAGCAUCAUCCUGAUUUUGCAGCGAGAGAAAGGGCCCUUUGUGGCCAACAGGAUAUCAGAGGCUGGUCCUUGUGUAUCAUCACCAGAUGUGACAUACCUCACUGCAACCGUUUCCUGAAGCUUCUGCCAAACACGCAGCACUUGUAAUGUCUGUACACUGCCACUUGCUCUGGUCCAUUGCCUUAAUUAUAUUGUAUUACAAUUACAUCUGAAAUCAUUUAUUGGUUCUUUUUUCCUAACCCAUGUAUAAUAAAUUUAUAUAAA